UUUCAAACCCGAUGGAGAACAAACCCCACCUGUAACCAACCACUCUCCUACCCAUCUAUCAACCAACCAAAGAUUCCCCACCUUGGGUAGUUCUCAGCUUCUGCCAACUCAGCCAACUCAGCUCAGCAGCUAGCCAGGUGUCACUCACUCAACCCAAGGGAUGCCAAUGCCAAUCCACCAUGGAUUCCCACCAGGUACCCUGCAUUCCAAUCCAAUCCCACUCGUCGCCCUCCGCGCCGGCUGCCCUGCGCUGUUGCUGUGGGCGGGACGAUUGCGCAUUCUUGCAUCAUAAUCAGGUUGCCCUGGAGGGGUUGGAGAAGGAUCUUGAUACCGCUGCUAAGCUUGGGCAGGCUCUUCUCCAUCGCCAUGAAUCCUACAUGGCCGAGGCAGAGGAGGACCGCCAUCGCCUGCUGUUCUCCGUGGAAAGCCUCGAGCGCGAGAAACUCCAGGCCCAGGCGGAAAAUGCCCGCAUCAUCGCCGAGAACCGCAACCUCCUGGAGCAGUUGGAGGACCUGAACAAGGCCGUCACCGAGUCGGACGCCCGCGCCAAGUCGCUCGCCGUCACCUUGGAGAGUACCGAGGCGCAACUUCGCAAACUGACCGUCUCCGCGGCCCGCGCCGCAGAGCUCGAAGCCCAGCUCGCGCAGAUGGAGACCGAGCAGUCCAAGUUACAGGAGAGUCUCCAGUCUGCGCACGAGGACAACAAGUCCGCCGUGCAGCGAUGGAGGAAGGCCGAAUGUACCCUGCGCGACUUGCACGACCAGGUCGACCGCAUCGAGAAGGAGGCGCGCGAAGAACGCGACCGACAUUCUGAUUUGAUCCAGCGCAUGGAGAGGAGACGCACUGUCGAACGCGAACUCGACGGCGCCGCGGGCCGACUCAAAGGCGCCGCCGCGGCCCAGGAGCUGGGCCGCUCCCACGGAGAUAACAAUGUCGUCUCCCGCUUCGUCCGGGACAUCUUGCAGGACAACGCCAGCCUGCAGAUGGGCAUCGUCGAGCUGCGCGAGAUGCUCGAGAGCUCCAACCAAGAGGUGCAGAACCUGCGGGAUCAGGUUCUAUAUCAUCAGCCGAUGGCGUCGGACGCAGGCGGGGAGCCUGACCAGGCCACCACCUUGAGCCAGGAGCUGGAGUCAAGAGAGGAUCGUCGCGUGUCUCGGGAAUUCCACAUCCACCACCACUACCACACCCCGUCCGUGAAGAAAGAAAAGGGCACCCUCCUGCGCCGGUCCAAGAAGCGGCGGUCGUGGGGGAAUCCCGCCCAUCUCCACUCUGCGCCCAGCGCGCUGCUGCUGCCUCGGAAAGCCGGGCACCGAUCGCAGUCCUCUACCUCGUCCACCUCUACCAUCUUGUCGCAAACCUCCGUCUCGAUCCCCCCGUCGGCUUCCCACCGCUGGUCGCUGCAGACCCCGGCGACCGAUUCUCUGGCUAGCUCACCGCAGUCUGGCUACCGGUCGUCGUCGUCCUUGUUCGACCGCGUGGAGCGCUGCUUUGACUCUCAGCCGACCAGUCCUGAAAGCAGUGUCUUUAUGACUUCGUACAAAACCGGCCGACCGAAGAACGGCCGUGAAGGCCAGGACGAAAUCGAUGACCUGGAACCCACCCCAUGCUACGGCAUCCAUCCCUACGACCACCCCGAUCAACCCGACAAGCCUCCCAUGCAGUCAGUCAUUCCAGAGGAAACAGAAGACAACUCCAUACAAUACCACGCCUCCGAAAGGGCUGAAUCCCCCGGUCCAGCUCCCGACGUCUUCUCAGCCCCAUAUCGCCCCUUACGCCGCGGAUCCUCCCACGAGAGUCUAUUCUCCGUCGCCGGAAUGGACAUCCACACCCCGAGUCACCAACCCUCCCGCAUGAGCGACCUAACCGGCACCCUACCCAUCCGCAUUCCGCACCGGAUAGUAUCGUCCACCGCCGAGCUAUCAGCCACGCCGCCUGUCAUCUCUACCAACACCGUCACAGCCGACAGAGGACCUCUCAGAGCGGGCCAAUCCCCACAAACCCUCCUCGCCUCGGUAGCAGCAGCCAAACAUCACGACGCCUCAUCGGUAGACAGCGAUCACUCCAACGCAACAGUCACCCCGACGCGCAAAAUGCCCCUCACCCGCCGCGUCGGCGGCUGGGUCCGGGGUCGUUGGGGCACAGCCCCUGUUACAAGUGACCACGUCGACUGCCCCAACGAAGCCCCCAUUUCUUCUUCCUCCUCCUCGUCCAGAACCUCCUCAGUACCCCCACCGGUCCCUCCCCCAGCCGAACAACCCAGACCCUCCUCCUCAGGAGACAAGAACAGAGGAGCCCCGUCCCUCCUCCACUUCCGCUACCCAGGCGUCAACCAAAAGGGUCCUAUAAUGGGCUUUCGGCCUGCGCCUCGUGCGCCGGCUGUUCUUCACCCGGAGAAUUUGGAUGAGGGUUUGUUGAGGGAGAGUCUUGCUGAAUAGAUUCUACU